CUCUCAAUCGUUCGAAUUACUGCAGGCGCGUCAAUCUCAGUAUUGCCGAUGAAGGAGAAGAUGACGAAGAAUCAAGGUCGCCGGCGAUGGAUUCUCCGCCCGAACAAUUGCUCAAUUGCAGCAGCGGCGGCGGCAAAGAGGGCCGCCGCGCAUCUGAUAGAGGUUACGCUGUUUCCGACAAGGUUGUUCCCGGCGGCCCAAACCCGCUUCACAAUUGAAGGAUGAUUUGUGCACAGCCAUUCGAAAUGGACUUUGAAAAUCGAUUUGCCAUUAGUUUAUUCCUUCUCUCAUCAAAUUUGCUUGGUUGUACAGAUCUUGUUUGUCUUUUUGUUAUAAUCAUUAUGAUGUUUGUUGUGUUCCAUACCAUUUUUACUUUUUUUUGUUUGAACACACUUCAAUAUUUUUUAAUAAUUAGAAUUUAUUGAAAGAUAAAGAAAUCCCCAACUCCAAGUGAAUCAACACGCUCAGGCCUCUGCGAUGUUCUCUUCACGCGCCGCUUACUCUUAUCGGAAAAACCCUCCCAAAUAGAUAAGCUUCCAAUUGUUCCGAGAAUCACAGCUAAUUAAGGAAUGCAGAUUCGGGUGAAAUGCGGUUGCGCAGAGAGCUGCCCGGAAUGGGCAAUCGUGGAGCUUCAAGGCGUCAUUGAGGCCCAACCCGCCUUCGCGAAUCGCCUUCAAGACCUCCAAAUCGGCGUUCUCUGUCGCCCUUCUGCUCAGGAGAUUUAUACCUUUACAGUUGGGUAUCACGAGCUAACUGGGAACAAAGUGCCCUUGAAGAAACCUAUGCUAGUAUUGAAGAAAAGGAAGCUAGAGGAAGAUACUGAUAUUAACACACCUGGAGUGGAAUUGGACGUAAUAGGGAUUAUUCGCCAGAAAGUUCUCUUCAAGACCAGACCAAGGGCACUCAUAUCCAAAUCCCAGCCAGUUGUGAAGGAAAAAAAGCCUCACAUUGCAGCUAAGUCAACAGAGUGAAUGGGUACUAUGACCAUUUGCAGAUUUGUGUUGAUAGCGUAGGAUGGUUUAAAAUAUGUUUGUCAAGUGAGGACACACAAAUGCUUAUUUUUUAUAUUCAUAUCAGUUGUUAAAUUGUUCUCUGGUGGCUCCCUUCCCAUUUUGUUGGAUGUGCCUUCCUCGUUUCUGAACCAUGACGAUAUAGGGAAAAACUCGUUU